AUGCUGGCAUUACUUGUGACCUCAAACGCCAAUAUUUCACUGGCACGUAUAGCAAUUACCGGCACCUCUGGCCUGUUGAUGGAACACCGUCUACUUGCCUCCAAUUCUAAUGAACAACUGCUAAAGUCCUUCUACAGUGUGCGUCAAUGCAUUCCAGCCUGUCUAAAUGGUGGACGUCUGCUUAGGCCGUGGAUGCCGUGGAACAAGUGCCACUGCGAGUGUCCCCCUGGUUUUCGUGGGUUUGUCUGCCAGAUCUAUGACCCCUUGGCCAAAUAG